AUGUUCAUAUUCUGGUUGAUCUUCCUUCCCAAAGAGCCUCAAUUCACCGUCUCCAAUGCCUCUCUAACGCGAUUCAAUUUCACCGACACCGACAAUACUCUCGACUACAAUCUCGCGCUCAACAUCACCAUCCGAAACCCCAACAAAAGGUUGGCAUAUAUUACCGCCGCAUCCAAGUCUUUGCCAACUAUAGAAAAAAGAGGUCAGCAGUUGGCGGUAUUUGGAGAACGUGACCUCUCUCAGUUUAACUCGGAGACUGCUGCUGGUGUUUACAGUAUUGAUGUGAAGAUUUCUCUUCGGGUAAGAGCCAGGUUCGGAAAGAUCAAGACACCAGAUUAUGGUCCUAGCAACAUCAACUGCAACCUGAAGGUUCCUUUGAGUUUAAGCGAAACAUUGCCGAGUGGUUUCAAUGCCACAAAGUGCAGGAAUGUUCAUGUCCUCACAAAUCCAAGCAACUGGCCACGGAUUUCAGAUUUUCGGUCCAAAAAAUGA